AUGAGUGGUGCCGGUGAAGACAGAUGGCGCGGGCCAGCUCGCCAGUCAUCACAACGCCAGUCAGGCAAUGGAAACCGUGACAGAACAGGAGGACAAGGUGGUCCUCGUGGUGGCAAUUCAUCCUGGGGCUCUCAUAGCCCAGCGCAGGACCAGCAUGUACCAGUUCGGGGAUUCAAUGCUGCCGAAGUCAAGAAUGUCCUGAAGAAAGGACCCAAUGGUAUACCCAACCCUUCCGAUGAACCGAAAGCUCCCUUCUACAAGCCCGCUGGCAAGGACACGAACAACCAGCGAUCAGGUGGCCCAUGGGGCUCGAAAUCAAACACAAUGGCAAACGGAAAGGACUUUUUCAUCGAGCUCCGCAAGCAAGUCGCCUCUCUCCAGCGUGGAGGUCCUCCCGUCGGCGGUUGA